GAGGUGCACCGCGCAGGCGCAGCUGCUCGGCUCCGCUCGCCCCGGCGCUCCGGCCCAGCUCUCGCGGACAAGUCCCGACAUCGCGCGCCCCUCCCCCGCCCCCCCCCCCCCCGCUCCGGGACCGCCCCCUCCCCCUUCUCGGCGUCGUCGAAGAUAAACAAUAGUUGGCCGGCUAGCGCCGAGUGUGUCUGCCGCCGCCGCCGGAUUCGGCGGGCUGCGUGGGACCGGCGGGAUCUCGGCCAGCCGGCCAUGGCGGGGCUGUACUCGCUGGGAGUGAGCGUCUUCUCCGAUCAGGGCGGGAGGAAGUACAUGGAGGACGUUACUCAGAUCGUGGUGGAGCCCGAGCCGACGGCUGAAGAGAAGCCCUCGCCGCGGCGGUCGCUCUCUCAGCCGUCGCCUCCGCAGCGGUCAGCGCCGGCUCUCCCCGGCGGCGACGUCUCGGGGAGAGGCCCGGCGGCGGCGGCCGGAGAGGCUCGCGAUGCGCCGCUGGACGCCGGGGCCUCGCCGGCUCCCGGCCGCUGCUGCCGCCGCCGUUCCUCGGUGGCCUUUUUCGCCGUGUGCGACGGGCACGGCGGGCGGGAGGCGGCACAGUUUGCCCGGGAGCACUUGUGGGGCUUCAUCAAGAAGCAGAAGGGCUUCACCUCGUCCGAGCCGGCGAAGGUGUGCGCUGCCAUCCGCAAAGGCUUCCUCGCUUGUCAUCUCGCUAUGUGGAAGAAACUGGCAGAAUGGCCAAAGACUAUGACAGGUCUUCCCAGCACGUCAGGAACAACUGCUAGUGUGGUCAUCAUACGGGGCCUGAAGAUGUAUGUAGCUCAUGUGGGGGACUCAGGGGUGGUUCUUGGAAUUCAGGAUGACCCGAAGGAUGAUUUUAUCAGAGCUGUGGAGGUGACACAGGACCAUAAGCCAGAACUUCCCAAGGAAAGAGAACGAAUUGAAGGACUUGGUGGGAGCGUGAUGAACAAGUCUGGGGUGAAUCGUGUCGUUUGGAAACGACCUCGGCUCACUCACAGUGGACCUGUGAGAAGGAGCACGGUCAUUGACCAGAUUCCUUUUCUGGCAGUAGCGAGAGCACUCGGUGAUUUGUGGAGCUAUGAUUUCUUCAGUGGUGAGUUUGUGGUGUCACCUGAACCAGACACAAGUGUCCAUACUCUUGACCCCCAGAAGCACAAGUAUAUUAUCUUGGGGAGUGAUGGGCUUUGGAAUAUGAUUCCACCUCAGGAUGCCAUCUCAAUGUGCCAGGAUCAAGAGGAGAAAAAGUACUUAAUGGGUGAGCAUGGACAAUCUUGUGCCAAAAUGCUUGUGAAUCGAGCACUAGGCCGUUGGAGGCAGCGUAUGCUUCGAGCAGAUAAUACUAGUGCCAUCGUAAUCUGCAUCUCUCCAGGAGUGGACAGUCAGGGGAAUUUCACCAGUGACGAUGAGCUCUAUCUGAACCUGACUGAUAGCCCUUCCUAUAACAGUCCAGAAACCUGCGUGAUGACUCCUUCUCCGUGUCCCACACCACCAGUCAAGUCACUGGAGGAGGACCCAUGGCCAAAGCUGAACUCUAAGGACCACAUACCUGCCCUUGUUCGUAGUAAUGCCUUCUCAGAGAAUUAUUUAGAAGUCCCGGCUGAGGUAGCUCGAGGAAAUGUCCAGGCUGCAGUCAUAUCCUCAAAAGAUCCAGAGCCACUUGAAGAAAAUUGCACUAAAGCCCUGACUUUAAGGAUACAUGAUUCUUUGAAUAAUAGCCUGUCAGUUGGCCUUGUGCCUACCAAUUCAACAAACACCAUUGUGGACCAAAAAAAUUCAAAGAUGUCAACCCCAGGUCAAAUGAAAGCUCAAGAAGUUGAAAGAACCCCUCCAACCAACUUCAAAAGGACAUUAGAAGAAUCCAACUCUGGCCCUCUUAUGAAGAAGCAUAGACGAAAUGGUUUAAGUCGAAGUAGUGGUGCUCAGCCUGCAAGCCUCCCCACAACCUCACAGCGAAAGAACUCUGUUAAACUUACCAUGCGACGCAGACUUAGGGGCCAGAAGAAAAUUGGAAAUCCUUUACUUCACCAGCACAGAAAAACUGUUUGCGUUUGCUGAAAUAUGUCUGGAAGUUUUUUUUUCCAAACUUCUAAGAGGGCUUUUUGAAUUUGGUGCCGAAGUUGAACUUUUUUUAAGGGGACAAAAUAAAAAUAGUAUACAGUU